AUGAACAUAUGGGGCUUUCGGAAAUGGGCCGCAGGUGCACGCAACUACCCAUCCCCAGCGAUCAAAAGGCCGGGACAGACCCCUGCAGUGUCACACAAGGACAAAUGUGAGGCCCUGCGAGAGGCCCUAUUUCAGCCACCACCCCUACUCGAAGAUGAGUUCAAUCCCAACCUGACGGAUCAACUACCAGGUGACCACGAGUCCCAGGACAUCACGGUGGAGGAAGUACGAGAGGCCAUAUUUGAAUCGUCAACAAACACGGCACCCGGGAGCUCGCAAGUCACAUACAAGGUCAUCCGAUGGGCUUGGGCAGAGGCACAACUCGAAAUCUACACCCUCAUCAAGCGAUGCCUGCACGAAGGAUUCCACCCCAAGCAAUGGCGGCAAGCAAUCGCAGUGGCGUUACGGAAACCACGGAAGCCCGACUAUUCCGAACCACGAGCGUACCGAUUGAUCCAGCUGCUAGAAUGCCUUGGCAAGAUACUUGAGAAGAUCGUGGCAAAACGGCUGACAUACAUGGAGGGAAAGCAUAACCUGAUCCCAGGAGGACAGUUUGGUGGUGUAUCCAACAAAUCAACGACCGAUGCGAUUCUGACUUUUGCACAUGAUAUUGAAUCAGCGUGGAACAAUGGAAAAGUCACAUCGGCACUCACAUUCGACAUCAAAGGAUACUUCGAUUUCGUCAACCACAAACGUCUCCUGGAAGAGUUGCGUCGGAAAGGGAUACCAAUCGAAUAUGUGAAAUGGGUCGCGUCAUUCCUGGAGGACCGGGAGGCUGCGGUCUGCAUUGACGGAAUCCGGGGAGAGAUGAAGCAUGUCGAGAACGGCAUCCCGCAAGGAUCCCCGGUGUCGCCGAUCCUGGCAGCCUUUUACAGCAGCUUCCUCCUUGAGAUGUUCCCACCAAACCAAGCGGCAGUCCCCCUCCCAGACGAACCGACGCACGUCAACCUCAUCAUGUACGCGGAUGAUGGGAAGAUUUAUGUCUCGUCGGACGCGCUGGACACAAAUGUCCGAUUGUUACUAUCUGCGUACAAGAAGAUAGCUGAAGGAUUGAAGAAGGCCGGGCUGUCGAUCGAUCCAGCUAAAAGAGAACUCAUGCACUACUCGCGCAGAAAACAAGAUAACAUCGCACCUGCAAUCCGACUACCAAAUGACGACGGCAGAACAACAACAAUAACAAUUACCCCAACAAUCAAGUGGCUCGGGGUCUAUCUGGACCGGAAGCUGUCGUUUAACCACCACGUGAAGACACUUGCCUCGCGAGCAAUGACGAAGGUCAACGCAAUGACCAUGCUCUCGAACACGGUCAGAGGACUAUCCCAGGUCCACUUGAGACAGCUAUACAAGGCAUGUGUUGUUCCUGUGAUGACAUAUGCAAGUGCUGCGUGGUGGACAGGGAAGAAGACGCACGAGAAAGAGUUGGAACGUGUGCAAAGACGAUCAAUGCGCUUGAUAUGUGCAGCCUUCAAAACAACGGCAAUUGACGCGCUCGAAAUCGAAUCGUCAAUUCCUCCGAUACGCCUCUCCCUUGACCAUAUCAACCGGACGACGGCGAUACGCUUCAACAAGCUCAGCUUGUACAACCCGGUUAUCGAGCGUCUCCCCGACACAUGGCGCGGGAAACGUCCACCAAGGCACCCGCCCCCGAUUCCAGCCCGCCCCAACAAUCGAAACAAAAAGGACCAAGCGAAGACCACACACCUGGAACGCAUCAGCCAACACAGUAACCCCAACGGAGAACGCAUCCACCCGUAUCUGGUUCCCCCAUGGCGUCGCGCGAUAAACGACUUCCCCGAUCGAUUGAAGAUUCAGAGAGGCACGGGAGGCCUGGAGAAAGAGAAGGCCGCCGAGCUACACAAGACACGCAUAAGCACCUUUUCGGACGACCCAGAACAUCUCCUCGCCUAUUCUGAUGGAUCAUUGACCAAGGUUCAUGGAGUGCGGCGAGUCGGGGCUGGGUUCGUGAUGUACAGAGAAGGAGAGGAGAUCUGGGCCAAAACCGAAGGAUUGGGCGGGCAUGCAGAGGUGUAUGACGGGGAGAUGGCGGCGCUCUGCCUAGCCGCAGGCGCAAUGGUGUCAACUGUCAAAGCAGAGCCAAACAUCAAACACCUUCACUUGUACGCUGACAAUAUCUCAGCUCUCGCCACGAUAUUCGACCCGAAACCACGCGCCAGACAGCUUUACGCAUACAAGUUCCACAAGCUCAUCUGCGAGUUCCUGGACGCCCACCCAACUCACACCGUGGACGUGGGAUGGUCGCCGGGCCACUGCGACAUCCUGGGGAACGAACGAGCGGACGAAUUGGCCAAAGAAGGAACACUGCUCGCAUCAACCACACGAAUCACCAGAUCACACGCACUACGAGUUUCGAAAGAACGCAUUCAGUCGACAUGGCGCCGUGAAUGGAAGCGACGAAAGCGCACGGGACUAUACACAGACGCGAACCACAUCCCGCCAUCGACCACACCGAGCCAACACUUCACGGAACUGCGUGGGGAACGGGAACUGUAUGGGAGGUUGAUACAGUGCAGGACAGGACAUGGAUACACGGGCGAGUUCUACCAACGCUUUAACAUACCUGAGGACGUUGACUGCCCUUGCGGCGAGACAGUGCAAACCCGCGAGCAUAUCCUCCGUGAAUGCCCUCUAUACGACGCGCAACGACCAAUCAUACGAGCCACCUCCGCCAACUUCGGCCUGCGCGACAUCCUUGGGACGAAAGAAGGAAUCGUUGCGUUGGCAGAAUUCUUGAAGGAAUCCGGGGCAUUCACGAGAAAUGGACGAGUGUGGCAGGACCGAGAGAAUCCCGUGCUAGAAGACGAACCGGAACCGGAGCUAUCGGACGACGAAGAGAACGACGACGACGACGACGACCUAGACAACGGCUGA